AUGCGCGCCUUCAUCGUGAUGUGCUUUGUGACCAUGGCUUGCGCCGACAAGCUGGGCUAUAACUACAAGCCAGUUGGACACUCCAGCUCAGGACUGUCGUUCGCUCCUGGCAGCUCCUUGGGAGGCAGCAACUUUGGCAGCCUGGGCGGCGGAUCAGGUUUGGAUGGUGGUUUUGGCAGCUCUGGUCUUGGAGGCUCUGGUCUUGGCAGCUCUGGUCUUGGCAGCUCUGGUCUUGGAGGCUCCGGUUUUGGCAGCUCUGGUCUUGGAGGCUCUGGUCUUGGAGGCUCUGGUCUUGGCAGCUCUGGUCUUGAUGGCCCUGGAUUUGGCGCCGCUGGUUCCAGCCUGGGCGGUGGUUUCCAAGCUCCCGUGUCAUAUGAGGCUCCUGCCCCAGCUGCUGAAUUGGAAAAGGAAUUCUUUACCUUCACCGCCAACGAAGAGGACUUCGAUGAGCCCCAGGCUUUGGAACGUGCUUCCAGCUCUGUGAACAAGGGUCUGCGCGUUGUCUUCAUCAAGGGACCCGAGAACCGUGGCUUGGAGAACGCUGCUUUGGCUUUGGCCAAACAGGCUGCCCAACAGGAGACCGCCAUCUAUGUCCUUAACAAGCAGGCUGAUAUUGGCGAUUUGGCCAGCAAAUUGAAUGCCAUCCGUAGCAACAGCAACAACAAGCCCGAGGUUCAUUUCGUCAAGUACCGCACUCCUGAGGAUGCUGCCAAUGCCCAGAAGGCCAUCCAGUCGCAAUACGACAACCUCGGCGGUACCAGCCAGUCCCACAACGGAGGUGUUGCCAAUGCCCUGAACUUCGCAUCGGCUUCUCAGAUCCGUCAGCCAAAUGCUCACAUUCCUGACAACUCUUACUUGCCAUCGUCGGUGCUCCGUCGCCUGCGUUAUCGUUUCUAA